CUCAAAAAUGCGUAUGGGGCAGUGAUAGCUAGCCGGUGUAAGACUUAAAAAAGUAGUAUCCAAAUAUCUCAAAGUGUAAUAUAGUUUAAUAUUACUACACGUUUAGUUUAAAGGGGCGUGCCAAUUUGAAGUUUCGAGUAAUAGGAUAAAAUUUAAAGUUUUUAUAUUAAAGAAUUCUGGUUAGAAUGUCACUUUAUUAGAUCAUCAAAAGGCAAAAAUGUCUCUUGCUCUUAAGGCACUGGUGCUUAGCAGGCAGAGUUACCCAGGCUGGAGUCAUAUCACUAAAUGUCUUCUUACAUGUUCUCGGGCUACAGUAUUUCUAGAAGACUUUAUCAAACCAUUUCAUUUACAUAGUACAUGGUUAAAGUGUCAACAGUUGAGAUUUGUACAUUCAAGCCUUUCAGUUGGCUUUGAGGAUAAGGGUUCAGUUAAUUCCACUUUUAGUUUUGCUGACUAUGAUGUUAUAGGGUUUGAUCUUGAUCACACGAUAGCGAAAUACAAGCUAUUACCAACAUUUGAGCUUGUAUGGAGUAUCCUGGCAGAUUUUCUUGUUAAGAAUCGAAAUUAUCCCCCAUCAUUGUGCCAAACUCCAGUUGUGUCAACUGAUUUUCUUUCAAAAGGACUUAUUGUUGACAAAGCUAGGGGAAACUUUUUAAAACUUUCUCAUGACCACUCAAUUGUACGAGCCUCACACGGUACUACAAGAAUGACCAGUGAUGAAAUUAGACAUAUCUAUGGUACCAAUCGAAUAUGGGAACCAGUUAUGAAUCUUGCUGAUCGGCUGUGUUACCAGAAUCAAAUUCAACCUUUCUUUGUUUUUAAAGAUAAUUUUGUUAUUGCCCCUGCACUGACUUGUGCUCAGAUUGUUGAUGCUUUAGACAAAGAACAGGGAAAGUCAAGUAUUUGUUAUGAUUUUUGGAAAGAUGUUUAUGAUGGCUUUAUGUAUAUGUUUCAACGAGAUGCAUUUAUAAAGCAAGUGGGAGGAUAUUUCCCAGCUAUUCAGCGAGACAUAAGUACGUAUAUUAAUCCUUGUGACACUAACUUAAGAAAAUGGUUGGAUGACUUACACUCAAAGAAGAAAACUUACCUUUUGACUGGCUCAAAUGUUGACUAUGCCUCUUAUUUGGCAGAGUUUUGCCUUGGUCCAAAGUGGAAAGAUAAAUUUGAUCUGAUUAUCACGUAUGCAUGCAAGCCAGGAUUUUUUAUUGCAAAUCGUCCAUUCCUCAACUUGGAUGGAAUAAAUGAGACAUCGGUAGUUAAAGAAGGUCUUCAACCAGGAAGAAUUUACUCUCAGGGAAAUUGGCAAGAAUUGCAUACAUUUUUUGCUCAACUUGUUGGUAAAUCCAAACCAAAGAUACUGUACAUUGGAGAUUCAGUACUGGAAGAUGUGUUUGCACCAUCUAAAUUCACAAGCUGCGAGUCAGUAGCCGUAGUUCAGGAAAUUGUUUCUGAAGAAUCUUCUGGAUUGCUGACAUCCGAGAUGUGGGGGUCAUAUUUUUCGGAUUGUCUUUCUGAUGGGGAAAAGAGUGAGAACACUUUAUGGGCUGAUUUAAUAAUGAAACAUAGUCAGAUUGCAAUUCCAGACUUGGAGAGUGUAACUUCUUUUCCUGUUGACCAACGGUAUCCUUCUUUUAAAAAUGGCCCAAAUGGGUUUUUCCCAAAACUUCCAAAAAUGUUUUAAAUUUCUCUACAGUUUUAUAAUAUUAUUGUAGUUUUUAGCAAUGAAAACUUUUCACAUUGUUGUGCUUUAAUUAUGUUGCUUCAUUAUUAUUUUAAGAGCAGUUCUUAUUAAUACUUACUUUUUGAAAAAUUCUACUAGCUAAAGGAGUAAUUUGGAGAAAAAUUUAGUUUUCAAACAGUCUAAUUUUAACAGACAAUGAAUUUUAACUUCUAAAGUUUCAUAAUUCAAAUACAAGGAACUUUGUAUCUGCGUACUGAUUGCAGAUAUUCCUACGUGACUGGCCUCAUGAGGGUUUUUCAAGCAUCUGAUUAUACUGAUAGAAAAAUUACACAACUUAUUUUUUUUUUAUGAAUUGAUGUAAAUUUGUUUUUGACACUGGCUUCUUAUCUCCUAAAUAUUAUUGUUAUUUCUAAGACUUACAGAAACAUAACUUGUGGACAACACGUGUCUAUUUGAUCCUUCAAGGCUGUCUCUGCACAUUUGUUCUUUU